AUGUGUGACGGGAGGAGCCCGACCCCAGAGGAACUGCCGAUGUGUUACCUAGGGGAUGAUUGGUCUGGGGUCAGCUUGCAGGAAUUCAUGAAUUGUGGCCAUAAUUUGGCUAACAGUCGGCAGGUGCGCAUGCUGGCAGACCUCAGCCUGGUUGGAUGUUACAAUUUGACCUUUAUGAAUGAAAGUGAAAGGAACACGAUCCUUCUCCAAAGCGCCAAGAACAACUUGAAAAACAUGGCCUUCUUUGGGCUCACAGAAUUUCAGAGGAAAACUCAAUAUCUCUUUGAGAGGACAUUUAACCUGGAGUUCAUCUCUCCGUUCACUCAGUACAAUAUCACUCGAGCCUCUAAUGUGGAUAUCAGUGAGUCAGUGCGGAAGCGCAUCGAAGAGCUGAACUUCCUGGAUAUGCAGCUGUAUGAAUACGCUAAAGACCUAUUUCUGCAGCGCUUUCAGUAUGCCAAGCAAGAAGAGCAUGAACUAAAUCGCCAAAAACGACGGGAGGAGCGAAAAAUGUUGCGUGAACAGAAGGUCCAUGAAUGGCAAAAAGAGGAGGAAGCAGAAACACUAGCGGUUACUGAGGAUUACAACAGUCAGGUGGAACGGUGGUGA